AUGAACAACGAGACAGUAUGCGAUCGAUUUAUAGACAAACACCCGGAUAUGACAAACGAGCCGAGUGUAUUGGUCACCUUCUCACUCCUCUAUCUACAUAUUUUUCUACUUGGAAUUCUAGGAAAUUCGGCUGUUCUAUACCUAACUAUGAAACAUCGUCAACUACAAACCGUCCAAAAUAUAUUUAUUCUCAAUUUAUGUGCUUCGAACGUGUUGAUGUGUCUGACGAGUCUUCCGAUCACAUUCAUCACCAACGUCUACAAACAAUGGUUCUUCUCAUCGCCAGUUUGUAAACUCAUUCCGUUAGUUCAGGGAGCAUCCAUCUUCGUCUCCACAUUCUCCCUCUCUGCCAUCGCCCUCGACCGCUACAAUCUCGUCGUCCGACCCCACAAACAGAAGUUGAGUUCUCGAAGUGCAAUGAUGAUUGCUCUCCUCAUCUGGGUGAUCAGUGUAGUUGUCUGCAUGCCAUAUGGAUGGUAUAUGGAUGUUGAGAGAAUAAGUGGACUCUGUGGAGAGUACUGUUCGGAGCAUUGGCCGUUGGCUGAAGUCAGAAAAGGAUACACAUUUCUAGUGUUGAUCACUCAGUUCUUGUUCCCUUUCGCAACGAUGGCCUUCUGUUAUUAUAAUAUUUUCUCGAGAUUGAGACAAAGAGUUGAGACAAAACUGAAGAAAUUGUCUGAACGAUCACAGCUUCUGGAGAAUAGUACAACUUGUGGAACCACAAAUCAUAUCGUUAGUAUCAAUGCGGAAGCCGUUCAAAAUGGUCUAGAGAAUAAGCAGAGAUUAGCAGUUCUUGCACAACAAAGGAGGACAACUACCAUCUUGUCAUGCAUGGUCCUUCUCUUCGCUUUCACAUGGCUUCCCCAUAAUGUUGUCACUUUGAUGAUCGAGUACGACGCUUUCUUUUUCCAUUCGGAUGAAUCAGAAACCAGUACAGAUAACACGUAUAUCGUUUCGAUGACUGCUCAUUUAAUAUCAAUGCUGACCAACGUGACCAACCCAUUUCUCUACGCUUGGCUCAAUCCAGUCUUCAAAGAAAUGCUCAUUAAAACGAUCCGAGGUGGAAACAAGUCCCCAAAACCAUCAGACAUCAAACAGGCGCAGACAUCUUUCAUUCGAAUGCCGAAUAGUGGUGCGCCCAGUCAAUCUUCCUACCUGUGA